GAUUCAAGUGAAAACACCACAAAAAUAUAAAGGUUAAAACAAAGAUUAAAUUUUAUUCGAAUGAAAAAGAUGCAUCAAAACAUUUAUUGUUGUCCUACAUAAGAAUAUCUACCUACUAACGUAUAACUGCACUACAACUACCGCACAAGUAAAUUAAAUAAAUGUAAAAUUACAUAAGUUGUGUAUUUACGUGCUACGUAUAUUGUACGCGUGAUCUGUUAAACAAAUUAGUUUUUUUUUUCGGUUAGCUUAAUUUUGUUCAGCUUACGAUUAGUUGAUAUCACAACAUUAUUUAAGCAAGACAAUAUAUAAAUCGAGUUUCUAUAAUGCGGCAAAAAAGGGUGGUAGUUUUAAUUAUCGCGGUGUUGUUUUUGUGUUUCACACAAGUUUCUUGUAAAGUUUACACUAAAUGCGGAUUAGCUCUAGAAUUGAGCCGAAGAAGCUUUCCUAGAAGUUUUAUUGGAAAUUGGGUCUGCAUGAUAGAAAGUGAAAGCAGUAAGGACACAUCAAAGGUAACGACAAAAGCGAAUGGAAGUAAAAAUUUGGGCAUAUUUCAGAUCAACAGCAAGGAGUGGUGUCGCUACAAUCAAAAAGGUGGAAAAUGUAAUAUGAAAUGUGAAGAUCUGAUAAACGAAAAUCUUGAAGACGAUUCAUCUUGUGCAAAGAAAGUGUUUAAUGAAUAUGGUUUUCAAAAUUGGGAUGGAUGGAAAAGAAGCUGCAAAGGAAGAACUCUUCCACUACCAAACUGUAAAGAAAUAAAAUUUUAAUCAAUAACAACAUUUUUUUCACGUGCCCAAUACCUAUACCAAUACUUAAUCAUUAAUAAGUAAAAUAAAAGAAUCCCUUUCUCAAAUUUAAUUUAUGUCGAAGUACCUAAUCGUCCUUGGAUUUUAAAACGGAAUUGGAGCUUCAAAAGCUAAAGCACUUUACAUAAAAUAUUUGAAUUUAGUUCUUCGAACUCUUUUGAUGAAGGAUGAGUGCCAGUCUCCUUAAAUUACACAAUAUUGAUAAGUAAAGAUAUUUUAUGGCCUUUCUUCAAAGCUCUUUGAAGAUUAAUAAAAGGAUUUAAAAUUACAGUGUA